AUGGAGGACGACAAGCAUCAUGAUGUGGAAGAACACAGCAUAGCUCCGCCAGUAGAGCAGGAGUCUCCCGAAGCCCACGUACAUGCCAAAACUUAUCUCAUCAUAUUGGCCAUGUUUAUCGUAAACCUCACUUCAGUCACAUGCUUGGUCACAGCUGGAGCGUUUGGUCAAGUUCUCACAGCGGUGGUAGGGGGUGCCGACAAGAGUAAUUGGAUCGUCGGUGCCAUUUCUCUACCCAUGGCUGUCCUCAGUGCCCCGGUUGCUCAGGCAGCCGACUACUGGGGAAGACGUUGGCUACUUAUCGUGUUGACCUCGAUGGGAUUCGUCGGUAGUUUGAUCACGUCUCGAUGCGAGUCGAUUGGUGUGGCUAUCGUGGGACAAUCGUUUAUUGGCUUGUCCUUCAGCUGCAUCUCCCUUACUUUUGCUAUCGUAUCAGAAGUUUUACCCCAUCGUCAACGGAUGACCGGUCAGGCUGUGGUGAACUCGGCCAGUGCGUUGGGAGGAAUUGUUGGGAUCUAUGCGGCCGCAUCGUUGGUCACCAAUCAUGGUCCGAGCGGCUUCAGAAUUCUUUGGUAUCUCGAUGCAGCAUUGUACGCCGUUGCGGUGGUCAUUACGCUCUUCUGCUACCGACCUCCGCCUCGUGAGUUGCAGAAAAGUCUCACGUCGAGGCAGAAACUUGAGAAGUUGGACUGGAUUGGGGGCCUUCUUCUGACCGCCGGCUUGAUUCUUUUCUGCCUCGGUCUGUCCCAGGCACGAAAUCCUUAUACUUGGGAUAGCGCCCAGGUCCUCGUUCCAAUAUGUGUCUCGGUGCCGCUGCUCGGGGCUUUCGCCUUGUAUGAGUGGAAGGGCACUGGCGAGGGUAUCGCUAAUCAUCAACUCUUCUCACGUGGCCGGAACUUUGGUCUUGCACUCGCGUGCAUUUUCUUGGAAGGAUUCAUCUUCACCGUAAGGUCUCUUCUGCGUGAAAGCAUUGCUUCCAGGAAAGCUAAACUUGUCUCCCUUGUACAGCCUACCAACAUCUAUUUGCCCUUCAUGCUCGAGUCAGUUUACGGAAGAACUCCGCUUCUCAUGGCGACCAAUGUUACAGUCCUGCAGAUCAUCUACGGGGUGGCCUCAUUUGCCGCCGCCCUGUAUUGUUACCGAUACAGACGGCUGCGUAUAGUCAUUGUGGCGGCGUACCUCUUCCUCACCGCAUACAACGCAGGCAUGGCGGCUUUGGACGAGGACGACUCCAACGCAGCCUGGGGUGUCCCUUUCCUGGCCGGUGUACCAAUCGGGCUCGCACUUUGUGCACUUGUUGCUGUGGCCCAAUUCAGCACUCCUCCUGACCUCAUCUCGGUCACGAGUGGUUUGCUGGUAGCGGCGCGAGCCGUGGGAGUCACCACCGGGACGGCCGCCUUCGGCGCCACCUUCAGCUCUAAAUUGCAGUCCAAUCUCGCUCCCAAGGUUGCCGAGGCCACUCUCCCCCUAGGGCUACCCUUGACAUCGCUGCCACUCCUGCUCCAAGCCUUGGCAGCCCACGACGAGGAAGCAUUGAUGGGCAUCCCCGGAGUAACGCCUGCGAUACUAGCUGCAGGCGUCAAAGGCGUGAAACAAGGCUACGUUGUUGCCUUUCGAACCGUCUGGAUCGUUGCGGCAGCCGUUGCUGCUGGAGGUCUCGUCUUAUCGUUCUUUUUCCAAGAUAGAAAAGAGGACUUCAACAACAGAAUCGACGCACCGGCCGAAAGUGAGGAUGCUCUGUACGGCGAGGCCCUCCAUAAAGGGACCACAGCAUGA